GCCCGCCCGCCCGCGCCGCUGGGGGCCGCCCACGGGCCUUGCCGGCCAGAGCGCAACGUGCGCCCCGGGCCCCGCGCUGGCACUGGCUGAGCUACCGCGGUGGAGACACAAGCAGCGGCGGCGGCGGCGGCGGCGGCGGCGGCGGCGGCGGCGGAGGGCGGGAGGAAUGCGGAACCGGCGCGCGGGCUGAAGCCGCCUGGGAUGGCGCAGGGACGGCGGCGGCAGGCGGCCUGCGCCGGGUCCUAGCGAGCCGGGCGGACGCUCCCGGCCCCGGCCCCGGCAUCAGCAUCGCGGGCGCAUCGCGGCCAUGGCCAAGGAGCGGCGCAGGGCGGUCCUGGAGCUGCUGCAGCGGCCGGGGAAUGAGCGCUGCGCGGACUGUGGCGCCCCGGAUCCUGACUGGGCCUCCUACACCCUGGGAGUGUUCAUCUGCCUGAGCUGCUCGGGAAUCCACCGGAACAUCCCCCAGGUCAGCAAGGUCAAGUCCAUCCGCCUGGAUGCCUGGGACGAGGCCCAAGUGGAGUUCAUGGCCUCCCAUGGGAACGAUGCCGCGAGAGCCAAGUUCGAGUCCAAAGUGCCCUCCUUCUACUACCGGCCCACGCUCUCCGACUGCCAGCUCCUUCGAGAACAGUGGAUCCGGGCCAAGUAUGAGCGGCAGGAGUUCAUCUAUCCUGAGAAGCAGGAGCCCUACUCGGCAGGGUACCGCGAGGGCUUUCUCUGGAAACGUGGCCGGGACAACGGGCAGUUUUUAAGCCGGAAGUUUGUGCUGACGGAACGAGAGGGCGCUCUUAAGUAUUUCAACAGAAAUGAUGCCAAGGAGCCCAAGGCCGUGAUGAAGAUUGAGCACCUGAAUGCUACCUUCCAGCCGGCCAAGAUCGGCCACCCCCACGGCCUGCAGGUCACCUACCUGAAGGACAACAGCACACGGAACAUCUUCAUCUACCACGAGGAUGGGAAGGAGAUUGUGGACUGGUUCAACGCACUCCGAGCUGCCCGCUUCCACUACCUGCAGGUGGCAUUCCCAGGGGCCAGCGAUGCAGAUCUGGUGCCGAAGCUCUCUAGGAACUACCUGAAGGAAGGCUAUAUGGAGAAGACCGGGCCCAAGCAAACAGAAGGCUUCCGGAAGCGCUGGUUCACCAUGGAUGACCGCAGGCUCAUGUACUUCAAAGACCCCCUGGAUGCCUUUGCCAGAGGGGAAGUCUUCAUUGGCAGCAAGGAGAGCGGCUACACGGUGCUGCGUGGACUCCCGCCGUCUACCCAGGGCCACCACUGGCCGCACGGCAUCACCAUUGUCACACCCGACCGCAAGUUUCUGUUUGCCUGUGAGACGGAGUCUGACCAGAGGGAGUGGGUGGCGGCCUUCCAGAAGGCGGUGGACAGGCCCAUGCUGCCUCAGGAGUAUGCAGUGGAGGCACACUUCAAGCAUAAACCCUAGCGAUGUGGUUGGAGGCCCACGGACACUGGACUCACUGUGGCCGGACAGAGGGGACUCGUGGACGGGGGGGGGGGGUCCAGCGUCCUGAGGCCAGGCGGCUCUACCUGCCCCUCAGGGCAGCCCAGGCAUGGCCAAGUAGGGCCCAAGCUGCAGCCUCCGGGACGCUGCUCUAGAACCUCACGGCAGGUGGCCGGGCCCUGGGCCUGACCUCUGACCCCAUCAUGCUGCUGCUGACCACACCCAGCCAACCUGCCCCCCACCUGCCCUGGGGUCCCUCUUCCUCCAGGACCCAGUCUGACUCCCAUGGUCAGAUGAAGCCCCCAGGAGCUGCCCACCAUGGCUGAGGGAGCUUCAGGCCUCAGUGCAGAGCCCUGCCAGGGGUGGCACAGUGGGCGGCUGUUGACCGCUGCGGACUGGGCCCUGCUCGCAUGCCACCCCACCCCUCCCCCACCUCCACAAGUAUUUAUUGAGCGCCUAUUGUGUGUCACGGGGCCAUGGGGGUUGUUGGGUGGAGGGGGCAGUCUCUGCACAGGUCCUGGGCCCUCCCUGGGCUAUAGCCCCCACCCCGUGCUCCUGGUCCCAGGGCUGGAGGGGCCACCAGGCUGCCAUCCCCUACUCUUGGCCUCUGUGUGCCCAGCACGGUGCUCGCCGACAGUAGGGCUUGAACCAUUGAGGACCAUGACCUGGGCCACCGUGAGGCCACCAGAGGCAGGAGUGGCCCUGUGGCCCCCUGCCUCCCCCUCCUGGGAGGCCGGGCACUGUCUAGCUUACUGCUGGCAGCCCGGCCAUGUAUUUAUUUCUCACCUGAUCUCCUUCCCAUAAAAGCAGGCCAGGCUCUAGGGCUCCCCUUGUGUGGAGUGUGCAGGUGGGGGAGGCGUCUGCAGGUCAGCUGGGGGCCCAGCCCUCUCCUAGCCUUGUCUGGCUGAGCUGUGUUCCAGGGGAGCCCUGGACAAGCCCUCAGAGCCUGGGAGGGGGUUUCUGAGGCCGGGCAUCCGCCACCCCAUGUUGCAUCCUGGAAUAAAGUGUGGCUCUGGCAUGGUUCCA